AUCGACCAGGACCAGAAGGUCCACCACUUACUCGGUCACAGAGGUUAAAAAUAGCAGUUGGCUCCGCCCCUGAUUAUAUAGCCAUCACAAUUUCUCUUCACCUAAAUAUUCUACAGUCUCUGUUCUCUUCCAAAAUUGUUACGAGUUACGGCCCUCCCAGCUUCAUCAUCAUCGUCAUCAUCUUCCAAACAAACAUGUCUGUUGCUUGA